AUGACAGCUGAAACUGGAACCCAGCAAGAUGGCAAUAAUGCAACCAAAGCGUCCACCGAUGUCAUUUCUUCUGCUGCGCCACCAACCAGAGAUGAAUUGCUGGAUCUCGUCCGGGCCAUAAAGUUUGCUAAUUCUGAAUGGUCCCAAAAACAAGUCCAUACUGAAAUCGUGGAAACCUUGUCCAAAGAAGUUCCGUGUCUAAGAGAUGUCAAGUUAAAUGAUGUCAAGAAGGUUUGGAAAAAGGCUGUCAUCGCAGUGAGGGAAGCAGAAGGAAACACUCCAAUUUCUAAAAAAAAGGACGCGAAAAAGGAAGGAAAGGAGGACGAAAAGACGACAGAAGAUGAUGAAGAGGAAGAGGAGAAGAACGAAUCACCUAAUGCUGAUCUGGCCAAACUACUUGAAGGCAAGACGCCACAAGUUUUUACUGUCGGAGAUGCUUCGCAAGUCUAUCCAGAACUAGCCAAACAUUAUACUUCCAGUCUGAUGGCCAAGGAGAUUGCAAAAAUUGACCAAGAAAUGGCCAAAGAUGCCAAGACAUAUGUUCAUGUGUCUCUAGACGUGCCCGCCAACAAGACGGGACAAGCUCCCAAUCAGGGGUUGAUCAACUUUCAAGAUUCUUCCGCCUUGAAAUCCUACAAAAAAAGGGGUGGAGAGAACGAGUUGGAAAUUGUCAAGAUUCAAAAAGCAGCGCCCCUUUCCGAAACAGAUACGACACAGCAUCCCAUGUUGGUUUAUAAUCACGGACGAAGCAUCAAGACGUUUAUUCAUCCAGAACCCGUUGAUGUGGAUGGUGGGGAAGGGGAUAAUGAUAACGUCGAUGACAAUCAUGAUAAACUGAACAGCUACGACAAACUAGCAAAAAUGAUUGACCAAUCCGGGAUUGGAGGGGCGCUGGGGGGCAGUGGUGGUUCAAAGGCAUACUUUUAUGCCUUUGUAACGCCAAUUAAAAAGGCUCCAGGCAUUUUGAGUAUUGAUUACACUCGAUUGGCACCAGCGCAAGAGUGGUAG